AUGGAUUCUUUGAGACUAAUGAUGUUGUUUUUAUUUUCUUACAUCCUUCUGCACUUGCCUUCUCUAAUCGUUGCUCAACCUGACUUCGCGAACAUGCACUGUUCAAAUGAUGUUGGUAACCACACUGCUAACAGCACUUUCGGAAGAAAUCUCAACUGCCUUCUGUCUUCGCUGUACUCAAAUACACAAAGCGAUUAUGGAUUUUAUAAUCUAUCUGUUGGCGAACCUGGACCUGACAAAGCAUAUGCAAUCGGACUUUGCAGAGGAGAUGUUGGAUUAGAUGACUGUCAAAGUUGUAUUAGAAACUCUACGCGUAAGAUCUUACAGGUUUGUCCUAGCCAGAAAGAGGCAAGUGGAUUUUAUGCUGCCUGUAUGCUACGGUAUUCCAACAAAUCCAUAUUUGGUGUCCUGGAAGACAGUCCAAUAUUCUUCAUUUGGGACCAAUGGUACCGAAAAGCCUCAGAUGUGAAUCAGUUCAAUCAGGCUCUUCAACCGUUACUGGGUAGACUUCGAGACACAGCUGUAUCAGGGAACUCUCAUCGAAAGUUUGCGGCAGGAAACGUAAGUGCUGGAUUUGAUAGAAUAUAUGGACUUGUUCAAUGCAUGCCUGAUUUGUCUUCGGAUCGGUGUGAUAGUUGUCAGACCGUGUCUCUUUUUCUCUUUCUCAUCUUUUAA